UCGAGGGCUAAGGACAAGAAAUACGGAUACAUUAAAAUUCAGAAAGGACUACAUUUUUGAAUAAAUAUGAGACAAAUAUAAACAUAAAUAUUGCAGAUAAUGUACAGAUUAAACAAAUGCAGGAAAUAAAUACAUAAAUGAUAUUAAUUCUAAAAAAACCUCUGAGCUCAUUUUUUUUUUAUUUAUUUCUGUCCCAAUUGAAUUAGAUCUUCUAAUUAAUAUGUCAAACAUUUAUCUAUCUGUUUAAAAAUGUAUGUAAUGUUUUUAUUUACUGUGUUGUGUGAUCUAGUUCUCAGUGAUGUCUGGUUUGGUUUUAAUCUUUCCUAAAACUAUAACGUUAUCAUUCUUGUUAAAAUAUGCAUAAAACCAAAAACACGUCCAUAAAACACAUUAUCCCUAUGGGCCUCCUUACAUACACAUACAUACAUAGUAAUUCACAAAAAGUUUAGAUAAAAACUAAAAUCGCACAAAAAGGAAAAAACAGGCUAAAAACAAAAUUUAACGUCCUGCAGAAAAGGCAAGGAGUGAACCAUCUUGCACUGAACUCUCCCAUCUUCGGCUACACAUGCUAAAGUCUGCUUUUGUACACUUUCGUGGCUGUGGACGCGCGCGGAGUGGACGCGCGCGGAGUGGCCGCAGCUGCGCGAAACUUAGUGCUCUGUUGGUGUUUACGUACAGAAUUCAGUGAAUUGCGCUUUUCCCCCGUGGUGAGUUACAACGCCAGAGAACGUACUGCGCAUGUCAGUGCUGAAACAUUCAAAACAAAGCAGAAACAUGGCCUCAAGUUCCUUGGGCAGAAGACUGGUGGCUUGUCUUCUCAACGUUUCCGAGGCUCGCAGGAAAGACCUGGUGGAGAGCGUGGCCAAGGCAGCCUUAUAUGACACUGAAGGCGUUAGACGAGAGGGGACCACAGUGCUGAACAUCUUUAAUGACCAUGACUACAACCGUUCUGUCAUCACCAUUGUGGCCAGUGUCGACUCUAUCAGGGACGUGGUUCUGUCUGCAUGCGAGAAAGCCUGCGGGCUGAUCGACAUGCACGCUCACACGGGGGUCCACCCAUGUAUGGGUGCCAUCGACCUCAUACCCAUCUACCCCCUGGGGGAGGAGGUGGGAGUGGAGGACUGUGCUAAAGAGGCUCGGGCUGUGGCUCAGGGACUUACAGAGCGGGUCCAGGGCACCGGUGCCUUCCUGUUUGGCUGGGCAGACUCCCCCCUCCAGCGGGGGCUGGCACAGAGGAGGAAGGAGAUGGGCUGGUUCAAGAAGACGCCAGACUUGCAGGCAAUCAGGCCCGAUGUGGGGCCGCAGCCGCAGAAACGAUUCGGCCUCACAGGUGUUGGGGCCAGUCCAUACGUCAUGAACUGCAACGUCACAAUCGACACCCAGGACAUCGCCACGGGACGCAGCAUCGCCGCAGCCAUCAGGGAGUCGACCCCGGGGGGCCUGCCUGGGGUACAGGUGCUGGCUUUGCCACACGGGGGCGCUGUGGAAAUCGCCUGUAAUGUGGAAAGCGUUAAAGGGAGCCCACCUAGUCACGUGACUGCAGGUGAACCAUGGCCGUCUUAUAGCAUCGGCGGCCAGUCGUACUGUCACGCUCCGGCUUCGCUCAUCACGGCAAGGGUCGCAGAGCUGGCAGGGAUGCAGGGGGUUGGUGUGAAGGGCACCGCGCUGGUGGGGUUCACCCCCCUUGAGUGCAGGGGCCUGGCAGAGUUGGCACUGUCUCAUGGGAUUGCUGAGUUUUGGAAAGAGCAGCGCGGGAUCCGUAUGUGAAAACCAAUCCUUGCCAAAACCAGUGAAACCUCACACAGAAGUACCUCGUCUUUGUUUGAUGUCACUUUAAUUGCCAUGAGAAUUGCCCUGCCCCCCCGUUACUAUUGCUAGCCAGCGGUGAAAGAAGUAGUCAGAGUCGUCAAGUUCUGCAUUCAAAACCUUACUUAGUAAAGGUAUGUAAGUAUUAUCAGCAAAAUGUACUUAAAGUAACAAAAGUAGAAGUCCUGUCCUGUGAGAACACGUAUCUCUAAAUAGUCAACUUUUCAUGAGCUCAGAAAAACAGCCUGUUUUCAGCUUUGUGACGAUGCAUAUUUGUUUUUAAAUAGUUUAUUUAGCAUAAGUAGUAGAAUUUUCUCAACUUAAAAUAACACUUAAUCAUUUAGUUUAUCAGAAAAAAUCUAAAUCACCAUGGUACAUGGUUUUCUCUGGACAGGAAUGGUAUGAAAAAUUGGAAUAUGUAAUAAUAAUAAUAAUGAUAAUAAACUUUAUUUGUAUAGCACUUUUCAAAACACAGUUACACAGUACCUUACAGAACAAGAUACAAUAUUACACACAGUCAAGAUAAAAACAACAAAAACAUAAAUAAAAACAUAGAACAUAAGACCUGAUGAAACAGUGUUUAAUAAAAGUUGUAAAAGAGGGAGAGAAACUAGACAAACAGCAGAUUUACUAUAAAAAAGCCUUCCUGUAAAAGUAGUAGUAGUUUUGAGGAGUGAUUUAAAAGAAGGUAGGCCUACUGCGUUUGCUAACCUAAGUUCCUCAGGCUCUAUAUAUGGCUGUCGACAAAUGUAGUGCAGUAAAAAGUACUACAUUAGCCUCUGAGAUGUAGGAGAGUAGAAGUAUAGAGUUGUACUUACCCUGUCCAGUUCUCCAUCCUAGCGCUGCUCGUAUGCAGUUUAAUAUAACCGUGGCAGAUUUACCACUCAAAGUUCGUAGUCGUUUUUAGGUCUUCGAUUUCACACAGAAGAAAGCAAAAGCGUGUCCCUCACUUCCAGCCAACUGUUGCUAGCUGACUGUGUUAGCUGUAGCAGUGUUAGCUGAGUUAGCUAGACACUAACUGUUACGUUGGUUGAAAACUCCAUCUUCAGCUGACUUCUUAAAUAUGCACAUAAUGGCUAGACAUCAUAUAACGCUAACAGACUGAGGCUAACGCUAUAUGUCUCCCAAAAUGUAGCAUGCUCACACGUUAAUGAGCUAGAUGGAAAUAAGGGGCAGUAUCCUAGUCUUCCAGGGUAGGUCCAGCUGCCCUAGUAUUAUAGUAAAGUAUGAAUACAAAGGUUAUUAAAACUAUUCUAACAAAGCCAUGUUUGGAUAUUUUACUGUAGAAAAACAUACUUAGACCAGCAACACACAGGUUAGUCAUGCUUUAAUGUUUGUAUAUUCAAACAGUAUGUUUCACUUUUAGAAGUAAGGAUGAAGACUCAUGGGGACUAAUAUAAUAGCGUCUCCCACACAGUGGGGGUUCUGGUCCUCAACAGGUACUAAUGUAACCUGCAACCCCACAUAACAAUGCAGAUAGCUAAUGAUAUGCUUUUUGGCUUUGGAAAUAAUGCUAGGUCGCUGCUGAAGCUAGUUAGCUGUGGAUGCUAACGUUUGCAGCUUAGUUAGUGUUUGAGUGUAAUGCACCUUUGAUUGUUUACAGCACUGGGAAUGCACUUCACAGUCAGGUUUAACUGGAACCGUGAACCUGUUUACAGGUGAGGCCAUAUAAAUACACCUAGGCUACAGACAUUCAAACUCAGUUUUUCACAGCUCCACAUAUUUCAUGCUACCGUACAUUUCUUGUGUUAAGUCAAUAGGGUAUCUGCUGUGUUUCAGAGCUAAGAAAGAAUUUAACUUCAGCUUUUAUUUACUAGAACAGAACCUGUGUAUUGUUCAGUGCAUUUUACUUAAUUUACUCAUAGAUUAAUAUUUGAUCUGAUCUUUAAUUUCACUAGCGUUUAAAUAACUUAAUAACUGCAUUUAAAGAGAUGACUUUCUUUUUUUGAUGAGUAAUUGUGUGUGAUAACCUUUUGUUAGAAAUAUUACAUUAAAUAAAUAAUUUAUCAAUGAA